AUGAAGAGACAGAGAGAGCACAGUGACCACUAUCGUUCCCUCCUCUCUCAAUAUCCUCGUGAAGAAGUUGAGCCUGCCCUAAACUAUUCCAAGAAACUUAAAGCCUGGUUUCAAUAUGACCAGCCUGAAGAAAAAAUCCGCAGCCUUGGCAGGAUCUUGGAAAAGUUCAUGGAUACAGCGGCUGCACAUGAUGGUUUGGUAGGGGGGCUGACAGUCGUAUUUGAAAAUUUUUCAGAAAGAGUGAAGGAAAUUCUUGGAGGUAAUCAUGACUUGAUUGGUGGGCUGAACUCCUUUUUGCGGCCUGAGUUUCAAAUCAGCCUUGACGUUGAGGAGAAGAAGGAAACUGAGCCAGCCAUGGAGAGUAAGACAGUUGGAGAUGGAGAGCGUAUGGAUUUACGUUUGCGUAAGGAAGGAUCUAUGAGUUUGGCUGAUGUCUGCAAUUUUGGUCAUAGGGUAACAGAAGGCCAUCCUGACUUGCUACUGGACUUUCUUUACUCUAUGCCAAUUACUGAAGCAACACCAUUGGCCGAUUAUCUUCCUGGUUUGAAAUCUUCAGAACUUAGAAACUGUAGGGUUGAUGAGCUGCAGAAAGAGAGUCCUGAAAGUUUUGAAGUUUGCGGAAAGAACAGGGAAUCAGAAUUUGUGAAGGCAGGUGGAUCUCAAGUGAAAGGCGGUAGCCACGAUAACGAGGAGGAGAAGGAAACUGAGACAACCACAGAGAGUAAGACAUUCCGACGGGUUAUGGAUUUUAUAAACAAGCUGAAGAUCAAGUGUGGUGAGGAUGGUUUGGAAAAAUUCUUGAAGAUUUUCAAAUUGCUUAAGAAAGGGUCUAGGACUUUGGUUGAUGUUUUUGAUUCUGGUCUUAAGCUAACCGAAGGCCAUGGUGACUUGCAAGAGGACUUCAUUAAAUUUAUGCCACUUUCUGAAUUAGAAAAACCACUGGCUUAUCAUCUUUCAGAUUUGCUAUCUACAGACCUCACCAACACUAGGGUUGCUGAUGUGCCGCAGAAAAAGCGGCAGAAUGACAAGGAAGCAAAACUUAUCAUGGAAGAUGAAGCUGAAGUGAAAGCCAGUGACAGCGAGGCGGAAAAGAUUAGAGAAGGAAUUGGAUUCUUCGAGAAAGUUAAGAAGAGGCUACCUUGUGAAAUGAGAAACUAUCCUGAUUUGAUGAGUGAUUUUUAUAAUUUCUGGAGGAAUUGUGAGAGUGUUAAUGUGCUUGAAGUAAGGGGAUGUAAGGCAAGGGACAGGAGGAGGCAGAGGCAAUCAAGGGAAGAACUUGAUUUCUCUAGCUGUAAAAGGAGCACUCCAAGGCGUAGCCUUCCAAAUCACCAUGAAAGGAACGUGUUCAAAUGCGAAGAUGAACAAUAUGAGCUGGACAUGUUAGUGGAAUGGUUCAAAUCAGCUGUUAUAUAUGCUGAGGAAAUGGGAGGAGGCACAGUAAAAAAUAAAGAGAACAAAAUGAGUGGAAGAAUCUUUCUGAGGUGUAUCGAACGUUUAUAUGGUGAUGAAGGUCUGGAGAUUCUGGACAUAUUCGAUAAAGAUCCUCAACGUGCACUGCCUGUCUUGAGAUUGCGCUUGCAGAAGAAACUAGAGGAGCUGAUUCGAUAUCGUCAGAGUUUUGAAAUGCACCACGGCUGA